GUUCUAGCCCCUUCUCUGCUGCUUCUAGGGCGAACUUUGCGCUGCAAGGCUUUCUACAGUGUCAACGGCUCUGUAUACUGUGAGGAAGAUUAUCUGUUUUCAGGGUUUCAGGAAGCAGCUGAAAAAUGCUGUGUCUGUGGUCACUUGAUUUUGGAGAAGAUCCUACAGGCUAUGGGGAAGUCCUAUCACCCAGGCUGUUUCCGAUGUGUCGUUUGCAACAAGUGCCUUGAUGGUGUCCCCUUCACAGUGGACUUCUCCAACCAGGUGUACUGUGUCACUGACUACCACAAAAAUUAUGCUCCUAAAUGUGCAGCCUGUGGCCAACCCAUCCUCCCCUCAGAGGGCUGUGAAGACAUCGUAAGGGUGAUAUCCAUGGACCGUGAUUAUCACUUUGAGUGCUACCACUGUGAGGACUGCCGGAUGCAGCUGAGUGAUGAGGAAGGUUGCUGCUGUUUCCCUUUGGAUGGGCACUUGCUCUGCCAUGGCUGUCACAUGCAGCGACUCAAUGCCCGACAACCCCCUGCCAACUAUGUCUGAGCUGCAGUCACUGCUCUUGUCAUCACCACCAUUGACAAACUCCUCUGGCCAGUGGGCCCCUCUAAGGCCAGCUAAGGCAAGGAAUGCACUCUGCAAUCUUGCAGAAGAGAGCACUGGGGAGGUCCCAAGGGCCAGAGAC